AUGUCGAGAGUUGCAAGCAAAACGAAAGUCCGCAAGUACGGAAAGCCAACCACAAAGAGCAGGGCAGAACUGCUUUUCGCGGAACUACCCAAGACUCCGGUGAAACAGCCACGCCGACAGCCCAUACGACAGAUUUUGGAGCCGGAACCAUUGCAGAUUUCAAAGCCGGAGACCACGGAGCCGAAUCUGGCCUGCCAUGAGCAGAAAGUUGGACCACCCCGGGAAGCGGGGCCGGAACCAGUACCAGACCUGGAAUCCAUGUCUGACGAGGAGGACGAUGUUCAUGAUGUUACCGAACACUUCGACUCCAUAUUACUUGAUGAAGAAGACGAUCAUCAAGAUGCACCCUACGCAUCAACCCCACGACCUUCCAUAGGAAGUUAUACGAGUUACAACACUUCAUUACCACCGCCGCAACAUCAUCAACAAAAACAACCACCAACAUCCAGGACAUCACUCUCAUCACAAGCCCCACCGCGACUUUCUCCUUUCAGGAAACUCGCACCCCCAUCAGUACCACGGAGUCCCGCAUCAGUUCAAAGGACCCCAACCAGCAAAAAGUCUCCAUUUGGCCGCUGCCCACAACAAUUCCCCCUCAAAUCCCCACGAGUCCAACAACUCAUCCAACAAGAAACUAAGCACCCUCAGUCCCCCCAACAGCAAUACAAGGAACAAGACGAACAACAACAACCACAAGAAUACUCCUUCUACGACACCUCCUCCUUCCACACCUUAUCCUGGUCCGACAUCUGCGGCCCCCCUUCCCCUUCCAACUCCAUCACCAAAAUCGCCGAAGCCUCCUACGCCGAAGUCUACCGCAUCACCAACUCCCGCGGGACAUCCAUCAUCAAAGUAAUCCGCUUACAAUCGCCCAUCAAACCACAGACCAAAGCCCAGGUCAAGUCGGGCUUGGUGGACGAGGAACCUCACGCCGAAUCGGACCUGCAAGGCGAGCUGAAGAUAUCCGAAUGGCUGGCUGAUAUACCCGGGUUCGUGAUUUACAAGGAGAGGUUCAUUGUCGAGGGCAAAGGGACCAAGGAGCUGCUGGAGACGCAUCAGGUGUUUCAGCGCAAACAAAAGAGGAGAGAUCCCGGGAGGGCGCAGUUCUAUCCGAGUCCGAGUCGGUAUCUAGAUAACACGAGGUUUUUGGUCGUGGAGCUGGGCGAUGCGGGGACGGCGUUGGAAGAUUUCAUCAUGGCUGAAUCGAAGACGAUGGGGCAGGAGAUGUUAUGGGAUGUCUUUCUGAGUACGGCGGUGGCGAUGGCGAGGGCGGAGGGCAUGGUGAGGUUCGAGCAUAGGGAUUUGCAUGAAGGGAAUUUGUGUGUCAGGAGGGUGAGGCCGGCGCGGCAGAAGGAAACAUCCUCGAGCAAUGGUGAGGCGACCGGAAAAGGAGGAGGGGGAGGAGUCAAGUUCGGUUGGUCAGGCUUGGAGGUCACCAUUCUCGAUUACGGUCUUUCGAGGGCUACUGAUCCCGAGACCAUCGGGCCUGAGCUUGAUCAAGAAUCAUGUCCGGCAUCGCCUAUCGGACGAAGGACUGAUACAACCAACAACGGAGAAGCCGGCAAAGAUGAGGAAGAAGCAGUCGUCUUCUACGACCUGGAAAAAGAUCCGUCAAUGUUCACUUCGACACACGCCCCCCAAUGCGAGAUCUACCGUCUUAUGCGCGCCCACCUGCUUAGCAACACGCCCAAAGGCAAACCGGUCUCUUGGGCAGGGUAUUACCCGUACACUAAUGUGCUGUGGCUGUCGUACAUUUACGGUUACCUCUGCCAGCACUUUAAGGGGGACAAGCGCGAGCUGAAAGCGUGGAGGGAGGAGACAGAGGAGAUGUGGAAGUAUUUGGACCCGGAAAAGGUGGAUGCCGUGAGACAAGAGGGUAGUAUUGGGUUCGGCGCGGCGGAGGAUGUAGUGGUCUUUGCGGUGGAAAGGGGGUGGAUUACUGAGGAACAGGUGAUGGAUGUUGGGGAUAGGAGUACGGUUCUGUUUGAGGAACCGAUGCUUCAAGUCCCGACUGUGGAAGUGGUGAAGAGUGGAGGAGAGAAAGCAAUGGUCCAGAGUAUUGAGAAUCAAGUGGAUGCCGAGAGACCCGGGUCAAGGGAUGAAGAUGAAGAAGACGACCACAUUCGCCGCUAUUCUAAGAGGAGGCGGACGAGGAAGAGAUACGUCGAGGAUGAUGAGUAG